CGACUGCGCCUGCAAUUAAAAUCACGGCAGUCACGAUGCAGCCCACUUUAGACACGGCGACUGAAGUGAAAGCUUCGAACAUAGUUCAGGUCUCGUCGUUGACACAAAAGCCCGCCGUAAGCACAAGCAAGCCGAGCAAGCCCCGGUCUAAAAGUAAGACGAAGGCGCCUCGCAAGCCCAAGGCCGCCGCGCCGCUGGCCAGCCGGCGCGAGGCGCGCGUGGCCGUCAAGAAGAAGGCGGACAACGAGACCGCGUGGCCGGUCAAGCACGCCGCCGUCGUCGAGGGGGACAUCGUGCUGGGGGGACUCAUGAUGGUGCACAGCCGGUCGGAGGGCGCGACGUGCGGGCCGGUGAUGGCGCAGGGCGGCGUGCAGGCGCUCGAGGCCAUGCUGUUCGCGCUGGACGAGGCGGCGCGCGCGCGCCUGGGCCCGCCCGGCGUGGCGCUGGGCGCGCACGUGCUCGACGACUGCGACAACGACACCUACGGCCUCGAGAUGGCGCUCGACUUCAUCAAAGGUUCCAUAAGCAACAUCGACGACGCGGAGUACGCGUGCAACGCGACGGCGGUGCGCAAGGUGAUCUCGGGCGUGGUGGGCGCCGCGUCCAGCGUCACCUCCGUGCAGGUCGCCAACCUGCUGCGCCUCUUCAAGAUCCCGCAGGUGUCGUUCUUCUCGACGUCGCCGGAGCUGUCCAACAAGGCGCGCUUCGAGUACUUCACGCGCACCAUCCCGUCCGACCUGCACCAGGUGCGCGCCAUGGUCGAGAUCGUCAAGAAGCUCGGCUGGCGAUACGUCUCCAUCAUCUACGAAGAAUCCAACUACGGGAUCAAGGCCUUCGAAGAGUUGGAGACGUUGCUGGCGCGGAACAACAUCUGCAUCGCGGUGAAGGAGCGGCUCGUGAAGGACUCGGGCGAGGCCGACGACAACGCCUACGACGCCAUCGUCGCGCGCCUGCUGUCGCGGCCCCGCGCGCGCGGCGUGAUCGUGUUCGGGUCGGACCAGGAGGUGGCGGGCGUGAUGGCGGCGGCCACGCGGCUGCGCGCCACGGACGCCUUCGGCUGGGUGGGCUCGGACGGCUGGUCGGCGCGCGCGCUCGUGUCGGACGGCCACGAAGCGGCCGUGGAGGGCACCAUCAGCGUGCAGCCGCAGGCCAACCCCGUGCGCGGCUUCCGCGAGUACUUCCUCAACCUCACCGUCGAGAACAACCCCAGGAACCCCUGGUUUGUCGAGUUCUGGGAGGACCAGUUCCGCUGCCGCUACCCGGGCAGCGCGCGCACGCCCUACAACGCGGCCUACGGCGCCUGCAGCGGCCGCGAGCGCCUGUCGCCCGACAACACGCACUUCGAGGCGCAGCUGCAGUUCGUGGCCGACGCCGUGCUGGCCUUCGUGCACGCCAUCAGAGACAUGCACACUGACCUCUGCGGUGGCAAACCUGGACUCUGCGAAGCGAUGCGCCCUGCGAGCGGCGCUACCCUCUUACGAUAUCUUCGACAAGUACAAUUUACAGGCUUAAGCGGAGACGAAUUCCAUUUUGACAACAACGGAGACGGACCAGCGCGCUACAAUAUACUUCAUUUCAAACAAGUUUCCAAAGGGGUUUACCGCUGGCUUAAAGUCGGCAGAUACCUCGACGGGGAGCUGGAGUUGGAUAUGAAUGAGAUCCAGUUCAAAUGGGACGAGCGGCGGCCGCCCGAGUCGGUGUGCAGCGCGGAGUGCGAGCUCGGGCAGGCCAAGCAGUACGUGGAGGGCGAGAGCUGCUGCUGGCACUGCUUCAACUGCACGCAGUACGAGAUCCGGUCGCCGGUGUCGGAGACGGCGUGCGUGGAGUGCCCGCUGGGCACGCUGCCGGACGCGGCGCGCGUGCGCUGCGCGGCCGUGCCCGAGCUGUACCUGCGGCCCGACGCGCCCGCCGCCAUCGGCGCCAUGGCCUUCUCCUCGCUCGGCGUGCUGCUCACCACGCUGGUGGGCGGCGUGUGGGCGGCGCGCGGCGACACGCCGGUGGUGCGCGCGAGCGGGCGCGAGCUGUCGUUCGUGCUGCUGGCCGGCAUCCUCAUGUGCUACCUCGUCACCUUCGCGCUCGUGCUGCGCCCCACCGACGUGCUGUGCUCGCUGCAGCGUUUCGGAACUGGUUUUUGCUUCACCGUAGUCUAUGCUGCUCUGCUCACAAAAACCAACAGGAUAGCGAGAAUAUUUGACGCCAGUAAACAUUCGGCCCGACGACCAUCUCUAAUAUCGCCGAAAUCUCAACUCGUCAUUUGCUCAAUCUUAGUAUCGAUCCAGGUGGUGGUGGUGGUGGUGUGGCAGAUCGUGUCGCCGGCGCGCGCCAUCCACCACUACCCGAGCCGCGAGGACAACAUGCUGGUGUGCGACUCGUACGUGGACGCGUCCUACACCAUCGCCUUCUUCUACCCCGUCGUGCUCAUCGUCGUGUGCACCGUGUACGCCGUGCUCACGCGCAAGAUCCCGGAGGCCUUCAACGAGAGCAAGCACAUAGGGUUCACGAUGUACACGACGUGCGUGAUCUGGCUGGCGUUCGUGCCGCUGUACUUCGGCACCGCGAGCCACGUGCCGCUGCGCGUCACCAGCAUGGCCGUCACCAUCUCGCUCAGCGCCAGCGUCACACUGAUCUGUCUAUUUUCACCGAAGCUGUACAUAAUAAUAGUGAGGCCGGAGCGCAACGUGCGAGCCAGCCUGAUGCCGCCCAAGUGGCGCUCGAUGAGCGGCGUGGGCGCGGGGGUGGGGGCGGGGGCGGGGGCGGGCGGGGCGCGGCGCGGGGCGGCGGGGGGCGCCGUGUGCGCCGCGCUCGUGGGCGCCGCGCCGCUGCCGCGCGCGCCCGACCUCACGCCCUCCACCGACCUCUCCACGCUCAACGACACCGGUGCGGUGACCGAGCGGCUCACGCUCUUUGACUUCUGUUCAAUGACAAAAAUACAUAGAGCGCGGCUGAAACAAUUUUUCCCCACAUUUUCCAGAACGAAGCUCGUCGGACCGUCAGGUGCAGACGGACGAGAGCGCGCUGUACCCGCGCCUGAGCCUGGAGGCGCGCGCGGGCGACGGCGGCGUGCGGCUGGACGCGCGGCGGCUGGCGCGCGCCGGCCUGCCCGCCUUCCCGCCCGCGCCCGCCGCCCCGCCCCCCGCGCCCGCCGUGGCGCUCGUGGGCGCCGAGCUGGCCUUAUAGCGCGGGCGCGAGCGCGCGAGGCCGCGACGCAUGCCCGUGCUCGUGUGAGGCUGCGGACUGUCCGAUUCACCCGUUGGCAUUGUUUCGAUCGAAUACACUCCACAAGACGAACCGGAUGGCACGACCCCGAAUUAGCGACACCGAAUUUAAUUUACUUCCAAUCCGUCGCUUGACUUGGGUGGGUCUUUCUAGUCUAUUUUAUUUACUCGAGUAAAAAAAUUCAAAAGUUUCUGUAUUUGGAUAAUUAGACUAAUGAAAAUGAUAAUAGUAGGUACUUGCAAAUCUUGAAUUUCCUAUUUGGUCUAUUAAAUUUCCCUUGUAUGUACAAGUACGAUUGUAUCCAAAGAGGUCCAACCGAUUUGUUAAGGACAAAAUAUUGUUUCGCAGAGUUAUUUAUUAAUUCGUCAAUGUUGUACUUCUUCUUCUUCAGCCCAAAACUCCUCUACAAGAGUGGUGUUGUCGCAUACAUUAAAACGUCCUGCGUGCAGUUGUAUGGUUGGGCACGCAGGGCACGAUAUCAUGUGAUUCAUAGACUGGGGAACAAAACAGCACCUUGCACUCCCAAGUUUAAGCCAUCCAAGAAUCCUUACUAUAGCCGACCUGCGUCAGAAGUAGAUUUAAAGACUUCCAGGUAAACCAGGGGGGCCAUGUCCAGGUGGAGGACUUUCAGACAUAAUAAUUGCACAAAUCUAUGGCAGAACCAUAAAUAGUAAAUAUUCAUUCCACUAGGUAUAUUAACUUUAUGGGCAGAACUCAAAUUGAUGCAUAACUAAGUAACAUCUUACUGCAACAGUUGAUCAUUAAUAGUUUUAAAAGUAUGUUGAAAAAGUAUUUUAAGAAAUAACUGUAAAAAUUGUAAAUAUAAUAAGGUUAUGUUAUAACAUAAUAAAAAGAAACGAACCAAUUUGUGAUAUUAAUGUAAGCUAAAUAAAAAGAUUCAUUAC